AUGCCUGACCUGCUGACUGGCUUCAUUGCCUUGUUAGCCACAUGGCAAUUGUGUUUUGCAAGGGUUGUACGGGCGCAAGAUGACAACCCGAAUAAUGUGACGCUCUGUGGAGUGUCGGACUUUUACAACUCGACUGCAGUGCCUUACUCUUUUAAUAACAACAAAUGGGGUGACGAUGGCACUGGUUUCUCCUGCACAAAUGUACUUGACCAAGGCGAGUCAUUCUCUGUCACUUUCCAAUGGAGAGGUCCUGCCGACACAGUCAAGGCCUUUCCAUAUUUGAAAUUGCAUCCGGAAAGACUGCCGGUUCAGCUGUGGAAUGCAUCAACUCUACACUUCUCAGGUAACUGGUCUAUGUUGGUUGAAGGAUACGACCAUGAUCCUGAGGUGCAAGCCGUUGCCUACGACAACACCGCUCUCAAGGCCAACGCAGCUAUCGAUAUGUUCCUCAGCGACGAUAUCACCAAUUCGACAGGUCUAGGAAGUCCUAUCGAAAUCAUGAUCUGGCUCUGGUAUCCUCCCACAAUGCUGCCACUUGGCCAUUCGGAAUCCACUCCGCAAAUCGAUACUAUUGAGGUAUCAGGAACGAACUUCAGUCUAUAUCACGGCUGGAAUGCGCAGGGUCAAAACGUCUUUUCCUGGUUAGCUCAUCAAAACAUGACAAGCGCAGAUGAUGACUUUGGACCAUUGUUGAGCUAUAUCUGGAAGAAAGGCUUGCUGUCUGGCGCUCUUUACCUUGGUCAGAUCGAAUUUGGCGCAGAGGUCAUGCAUGCUGGAGAAACAACCACUUUUGAGGCGAACAACUAUGAGCUGAAGCUGUAUCGAGAGGGUGAUAAGGACGAUCCGAACCCGAAACCUACCUCAACAGCGUCGAUGAGUAAACCAACUAUCAUGCCGACGGGACAAGCUGGUUCCUCCACGAGCUCAUCAGCAUCUGCGACCAGUGCAGCACCCAAUGCUAGCAGCUCCAACGCGGCUUCAGCGUCUAUACCUGCUCUCUCUCUUCGACAAAAGUUGUGCAUAGUGAUACCCCUGGUCGUAUCAUUCUUUUCUGGGACUUUAAUGUUCAUGAACUAA